AUGGAGUUAAAAUCCGUCACGGCUUGCUAUGGAAUUACUGGAUUAGUCAACUUUCUACAACCUUCAUGUUCUGGUGGGCAGAAAAUAGCAGUACGGGCAUUGUACACCUUAGCUAAAUACAAAUCGUCUGGAUGUCCUCAAGAGCAGACAUCAGCCAUCGAUCCCAGCUGUUGUCAAUAUGACGUCAAUGACUGUUCGUACUCAUAUGACUCGGGGUCAUAUCGUGCUUAUUAUCAAAACUGCAAUGGAAAAUCAUCAUGUACCAUACAGGUUUCUUGGAUAGAUUUACCAACUUACUGCAAUAAAUCGGUGUACAUCGAGAGAACACACUAUAUGAAAAUGGAUUAUUAUUGUAUCUCUGAUCAAGCUUUAGAUCCAUGUUCAGAUCUCACAACAACUGAUUCUCCCGCCUUUUUCUGGAAUGCUGGCUUCCCGUCGGAAAUGACGUCAGCAAACACUUCCUGUUCAUGCUCUGUUGAGUUGUCUUGCGAUACAACAGUCCAAAUUACAGCUCUUGAUCUGAAUUUUAAAGACCUUGGGAACUGCCAACAGUCCAUGGAAAUCACUGAUAACUCUUCAUCUGUUACCUUGGACUGUUCCAGUAAUAAUGACUAUUUGCCAAAGAUUAUUUACACAAGUUCUGGUCACUUCAUCACCAUCAACUUCGUUAAUAACCUUGGCACAACAGGAGGAAAGUUUUUCAUACAAAUACAAGGAUUAAACCCGACAGGACAGAUAACUUUAUCCUGUGGCAUAUCAGCUCUAUCCAGGCCUUCACUGAAUUCUGGUAGCCUUGCUAAAUGUCCUGUAGACGGAGAGACAACCAGUGCCAUUUCCACUACAGUUCUUACUUCAACGACCAAUAAUUCAACAUCAAUAGAGAUAUCAACAAUUAAUUCAACCUUAUUAUCAACGGACUCCUCAACAUCCACUUCAACAGAAAAUUCAACGGAAUCAACAACUGAUAUCUCGAACAUUUCAACAGAAAUUUCAACUAUAUCGACAGAAUCUUCUUCUUUAUCUGAUGUUAAUUCAACUUUGAGUGAUAAUGUAACCCUGUAUUCAACAGAGUCAACCAUUAAUUUGAGCUUGUCAACCUUCAAUUUCUCAGAUAUGACACCGGAGUUCACAACGCUGACCUGGGUUAGCACUGAAAACUACUCCACGGCUCCCACUGAUGUCAACGUCACUUCCUGUUGUGUACAACAUUCCCACGAAAGCGAAGAAACUCCUGUAUACAUUAUUGCUAUUGUGAUACUGGUGGUAAUCUUAGCAGUGGGUGCUCUGAUUCUGUUUUACAAGGAUAGAAUAAAAGAAUGUUGCUGCGCAAAAAAGACCAAAGGUGAUGUCGAAGACAACAAUAAUGAAAUUAAUCCCGUAUUUCAAGUCAACCUGUUGGAGCAUUCUAAGUUCCAAGCGCUUCCUCCAAUAAGACAUGAAUUUAAAAUGAAAACAGAUUAUUUUGACAAUCCGACACCGAUAACACGUGAGCAUUCGCUAUUUCUCAAAGCUCAGAAACGUCAGAACAACAUAAUUAAAAACAGAUUAUCUGACAAAUCAUGGAAUAUUGGUAGCAGUGAACCGAUCAAACAAGAAAAUAUACCAAAGAAAAAAAUCAAGGGUGAACGAAACAGUGGAACGGGACAAGGACAAAAACUAAAGGGUAGAAAAACAAAAGGGAGAAAAAGGAAUGGGAGAGUAACACAAAAGGAUGAUGUGAUAGAUGUGGGUACGAAUUCUUCUGUGCCAAAGUCGACUUUAGGAGUAACAUCUCCAUCUACUGCAAGGAGAUCCUCUGUGGGGGCUACUAUUGACAUUGCUGAUGAAGAGGGGCAGCUAGAGAAAAGUGUUUUAAUAGAUAAUGUGGUAGAAAAUCUCUUCAGUGGCAAUAUGACAAAUGAGUAA